GCGCUCCAGCCUUCUUCUCAGCCUCGGCAGCUGUUGCCAUUCCACUUAGCAGCCCCGCGGACACGACGGCGAGAUGACUCCGUGGACUCCAACAUAAAAACACGCGUCCACGACAAAUACAAUAUAUCUAUAUUUUUGAGAGGACCCAAAGUUCCAAAUCAAUGGUACAGAAAAGUAGCAUGUCCAGGACGCCUUCGACCUCGACCCAGGAGAUCCAAAUGGACAUGUUCGACCCCCAUCUUCAAUCACAGGGCAAGUACGCUAAGAGGAAGAGCCGCUUCAAGCGCUCCGAUGGAAGCACCUCUUCUGACACCACCUCCAACAGCUUCGUCCGCCAGGGGUCGGCCGACUCGUACACGAGCCGGCCGUCGGACUCCGAUGUCUCCCUGGAGGAGGACCCUGAGGCCCUGAGGAAGGAGGCGGACCGGCAGGCCCUCGCCACGCUCGAGAAAGCAAAGACCAAACCUGUGGCGUUUGCGGUGCGGACUAACGUGGGCUACAACCCGGGCCCCAGCGAUGACGUUCCUGUGCAAGGCAUGGCCAUAUCCUUCGAAACCAAAGACUUCUUGCAUAUUAAAGAGAAGUACAAUAACGACUGGUGGAUCGGGCGCCUGGUGAAGGAAGGCUGCGAGGUGGGCUUCAUCCCCAGCCCAGUCAAGCUGGAGAACACCCGCCUGCUGCAGGAGCAGAGGAUGAGGCAGAACCGACUCAGCUCCAGUAAAUCGGGAGGGAGCUCCAGUCUGGAUGUUGCCACAGGAACCCGCAGGCCCACCCCACCCGGCACAGCGCACGUGGACACGUCCACCGUGACCUUUGACGUAGACCCCCUCGACCUGGAUGCUGAGGAGUUCCCUGAGUCGCAGGGUGACCCUCGCUCCCCCAAGGGCACGUCCGGCAGCGUGACGUCACCUCAGGCCAACACGCACCGGCUGCCCUUCUUUAAGAAGAUGGAGCAUGUGCCCCCCUAUGACGUGGUGCCCUCUAUGAGACCCAUCAUCCUGGUCGGGCCGUCGCUCAAAGGCUACGAGGUGACCGACAUGAUGCAAAAGGCCCUCUUUGACUUCCUGAAACACAAGUUUGAGGGAAGGAUAUCCAUCACGCGGGUGACGGCCGACAUCUCGCUGGCCAAACGCUCGGUCCUCAACAACCCCAGCAAGCACACCAUCAUCGAGCGCUCCAGCACUCGCUCCAGCCUGGCUGAGGUCCAGAGCGAGAUCGAGCGCAUCUUCGAGCUGGCCCGCACGCUGCAGCUGGUGGCUCUGGACGCAGACACCAUCAACCACCCGUCUCAGCUCGCCAAGACCUCGCUGGCGCCCAUCAUCGUCUACAUCAAAAUAGCCUCACCUAAGGUCUUGCAGAGACUCAUCAAAUCCAGAGGGAAGUCCCAAGCCAAACACCUCAACGUGCAGAUGGUGGCGGCCGACAAGUUGGCGCAGUGCCCCCCUGAACUAUUUGACAUCAUCCUGGACGAGAACCAGCUGGAGGACGCCUGCGAGCACCUGGCCGACUACCUGGAGGCCUACUGGAAGGCCACCCACCCUCCGAGCAGCAACCCGCCCAACCCGCUGCUCAACCGCACCAUGGCCACGGCGGCGCUGGCCGCCUCCCCCGAGCCCGUCUCCAACCUGCAGGGCACAGUGCACGGCGAGCCCCCCAAGCGGGAAGGCACGGACAGCGGCGGGAGCGGCCCCCUGCAUGACUACCAAGGCGACCUCGGAGGAAAGCCUCAGCAGCAGCAGCAAGCGUGCCUGCGCUCCUACCGCGGCCAGCUGAGAGCCGGCAGUGGGCGGGGCCUGUCCAGGCAGGACACCUUCGACUCGGAGACGCAGGGCAGCCGGGACUCGGCCUACACCGAGGCGGGCGACUCCUGCAUGGACAUUGAGACCGACCCCUACGAGGAGCCCGAGCCCUACCGGGGAGGAGGAGGAGGCGGCGGCGGCGGCGGCAGCGGCGGGGGAAGCCGCCUGCACCUGGCGCAGCACCACGGGCGCCAGGCCUCCUGGGAGGACGAGGGCGCCGAGCCGGACCAGGAGAACCUGAAUCAGCCCCCGGCGCCGAGCCAGGCGCAGGUGCACAGCAGGCGCGCCAAGCUGAGGGAGCGCUACUGCCAGGAAGCGGUGGACACGGCGGCCGGCAAGGGCCGCAACAAGAACCAGGACGACUGGGGGAGGGACGUCUACAUCCGCUGAGGCCGGCAGGAAGCAGGACAACAAAAUGUUUACAUCCACGGAACCGCCACACACACGCCAGAUAAAUAAUUGGGUUUUACACUGCAUGAAUGUUCGGAUUGUGAUCACAUGACUCCUCUUCCACUUCCAGUAUAGAAUGUGAGGGCGGCUUCAUGCCUCUGUCCUUAAGUCUUAAACAGGGUCUUCAUCAUAUCAGCCCCGACCUCCCUCGUGUGCAGUGAUAGGGUUUCUCCUCGCCUUCCAGUGCUUUUUUUUUUUCACAGGACCACCCGGACCUUAAAAAAGAUGAAGUGGCUGAAUAACUUUUUUUUUUUUUUUUGUCUGUGUGGCUUCAACAAAGACUCCAAAGAUGUCCUCUCUAGACACGCUGUACUCGUUUUCACCUUUCGCCGCCAUUAAAAAGUCCCAAAUCACAAGUGCCGGAAGGUCUCGCCAAGCCAUGUCCACCACUGCCAUGGUGGGAUGUCUUAACUCGUACACUCCUCGUCACCACAGAUGCUGCCUGUAGGUCCAACACAUCUCGCUUCCUUUUGCUUUUGUUGCACCACCUUUGGUAUUUUCUUCACCCCCCCCAAACAGCCCACGACUAACUCUUGUUUUAUUUUGUAUUUUUUUUUGGAAAGAUCCAUUUGUGAGAGGCCUACCCAGUAGAACUAUUUCAGAAGCAGAAUUCCCCCCUCAUCUCCCACAUACCCUAUCUUCUCGUCUUCAGUUGGAUAAAUAUUAAAUAAUGAUCGGUAAAUAAUGUUAUUGUUGCGUUAUCGCAAUUUGUUUAAAAAUAUAUAUAUAUCGACAUAACAUGACAUACAUGUUGGUGCCUGAUUGUAGCUACAUUUUGCUUUUUUUUCUGCCUUUCAUUUUUAACCCGUGGAUAAAUUCGUAUUUUAAUUAAAAAUGUCAGCAGAAAAAAAAAAAUCCACUGUGUCGUUUGGUUGUUGUAAUGCACAGGUGUCAAACUCAAGGCCACAUCGUUUUAUGCGGCCUGUGAAAGCCCGGAAAUAAUGUGCGUCAAAAAAGCAUGUCUUUAUUGCUAAAUGUAAUUUUGUUUCUCUGAUGUAAUACACGUUUUCCACCACCCGUGGCAGUAAUGACAAUAGCAAACAAGAUAAAGUCAUAUAAAAGUUUAUUGAGCGCAAAAAUAUGACUAAAAUUGUGAAGCUGUAUUUUAUUGACAGUUCAUUUAAGAAACAUAUUUAUUCAGUCGGGAUGUGUUUAUUUUAACACUGCAUAAUUGCAUGUUGUUUUUGUUUUUUCACCAGUUUUUGCAGUAUAUUUCAUUUUAGAUAAUGUGCGUGAAUAAAGCACGUCAUCUUUAUUGCUAAAUGUAAUUUUGUUUCUCAGAUGUAAUACACUUUUUCCACCACUUGUGGCAGUAAUGACUAUCACACAAGGUGAAGUCAUAUAAAAGUUUUUUGAGCACAAAAAUUAUGACUAAAGUUGUGAAGCUGUAUUUUAUUGACAGUUCAUUUAAGAAACAUAUUUAUUUAGUCGGGAUGUAUUUAUUUUAACACUGCGUAAUUGCAUGUACAUUUAUUUUUCAUCAGUUUUUGUGAGUCCCUUUUUUUGCAGUAUAUUUAGUUUUAAAUAAUGUGCGUCUAAGCGCGUCCUCUUUAUUGCAAAAUUGUAUUUUGUUUCUCAGAUGUAAUACACUUUUUCCACCACUUGUGGCAGUAAUGACAAUCUAAAACAAGAUAGUCAUAAAAAGGUUUUUUGAGCGCAAAAAUUAUGACUAAAGUUGUGAAGCUGUAUUUUAUUGACAGUUCAUUUAAGAAACCUAUUUAUUUAGUCGGGAUGUAUUUAUUUUAACACUGCGUAAUUGCAUGUAUAUUUAUUUUUAAUCAGUUUUUGCGAGUCCCUUUUUUUGCAGUACAUUUAAUUUUAAAUAAUGUGCGUGAAUAAAGCACGUCAUCUUUAUUGCUAAAUGUAAUUUUGUUUCUCAGAUGUAAUACACUUUUAUCAGCACUUGUGGCAGUAAUGACAAUAUCACACAAGGCGAAGUCAUAUAAAAGUUUCUUGAGCGCAAAAAUUAUGACUACAGUUGUGAGUCCUUUUUUGCAUUAUAUUUAAUUCUAAAUAAUGUGCGUCAAAGUACGUCAUCUUUAUUGCAAAAUGUAAUUUUGUUUCUCAGAUGUAAUACACAGUUUCCACCACUUCUGGCAGUAAAGACAAUAUCAAACAAGGUAAA